UUCACGAGGGACCGGAAGUGAUCGUCCGGCGAAAAAUAUUUUCAGGCGAGCGGUUAAUAACUUCCGUUCAAUCUUUGUCGAGAGCAUUCGGAUUUCCGAACGAUAGAAUGUGCAGUUGAUCGGAAUGACGUGGCAUUUUCUGCUGAUUAUAUGCUGCUAUCUAUACGCCUUGCUUGACAUGACCGCUCCGCAUUUUCCAGAACUGGACUUCGAUGAGUACGGAAAAAAGGAAACUUCUUUGUCGCUGAGGGAUAUCCUGCCUUUGAAUCCAAAACAAUACGAUAAGCAUAGAGCUCCAAAAUUUCUCGGCCAACCUACUAUCGUUUAUUUCCAUGUAACAGUGCUCAGCCUAGAUUCAAUAAAUGAAGAAUCGAUGACAUACGUGGCCGACAUAUUUCUCGCUCAGAGUUGGCGGGAUUCUAGGCUACGACUACCGGAAAACAUGUCCGAGGAUUAUCGGAUACUUGAUGUAGAUUGGUUGCACAAUAUCUGGAGACCCGACUGUUUCUUCAAGAAUGCGAAAAAAGUUACUUUUCACGAGAUGUCCAUACCAAAUCAUUAUCUUUGGCUGUAUCACGAUAAAACGCUUCUUUACAUGUCCAAAUUGACAUUGGUACUCUCAUGCGCGAUGAAGUUCGAAUCCUAUCCUCAUGACACUCAAAUUUGCUCGAUGAUGAUCGAAAGCCUUUCGCAUACAACUCAGGAUCUGGUAUUCCUAUGGAAUAUGACCGAUCCCCUUGUAGUUAAUCCGGAAAUCGAGCUGCCGCAACUAGACAUAUCGAACAACUACACGACCGACUGCACGAUCGAAUACUCGACCGGAAACUUCACGUGCAUACAGAUUGUCUUCAAUCUGCGCCGGAGACUGGGUUAUCACCUGUUCCACACGUACAUACCAUCCGCCCUGAUCGUCGUCAUGUCCUGGAUCGCCUUUUGGAUCAAGCCGGAAGCCAUCCCGGCACGAGUUACCCUUGGCGUGACGUCACUGCUGACCCUUGCUACUCAAAACACGCAGUCUCAACAAUCUCUACCGCCGGUCUCGUAUGUGAAGGCGAUUGACGUGUGGAUGUCUUCGUGUAGUGUGUUCGUCUUCUUGUCUCUUAUGGAAUUCGCAGUAGUGAACAACUACAUGGGGCCAGUCGCUACGAAGGCCAUGAAAGGAUACUCGGACGAAGAUCUUCGCGAGGCCAUCGACGAUUUCAAGACGCCGAUGAGGCCGGAUACCGAAAGAAACAGAAGUCCAACCAGGCAACCGACAAUUCAGUAUGAGCAGUGCUGCCAAGGACGAGCCACUGCCAUUUACAUCGAUAAGGUUUCCAGAUUCUUCUUCCCUUUCUCAUUCUUCAUCCUUAACGUCGUCUAUUGGAGCACAUUCCUGUAAUGCAACUCGGGCAAGACUCAUGUCCGACUCGGCGAGAAUUACGAGUACGGUUUUAAAGAAAGGCAUUGAAUUACAGAAAGAAUAUUACGAAGGAUGCAGCAAAAAAUUUGUCGAAACAAAAAGUAUCCUGUAAACUAUCAUGUAUAAAGUGUGGCACAAUAAAAGAAUUUAAUAAA